AUGGCCACCACCACCACAGGCCUGAACGUCAUCGCCCUGAUCUCCGGAGGGAAAGACUCGCUGUUCAGUCUGCUCCACUGUCUUGAAAAUGGACAUAAACUUACCGCGCUGGCGAAUCUAUACCCUUCUGGAGCUGGGUUCGACGAGUCAGCCAAGGAAGACAACGAUGGUGGUGAGCAGGGCGUUGAACGGGACGAUCUCAACAGCUUCAUGUACCAGACCGUAGGCCAUUCGAUCAUCCCACUGUACGCGGAGUGUCUCGGCCUGCCGCUGUACAGGCGAGCUAUCACGGGCUUGGCGACGCAGACAGGUCGGUAUUAUGACUCCUCUGGCAACGCCGCCGCAGCGAGGGCCGGGGUAGAGGGUGCGGAGCCGAAAGACGAGACAGAGGACUUGAUCCCGCUACUACAGUCGAUCCAACAAAAGCACCCGGAAGCCAACGCACUGUGCUCAGGCGCAAUCCUAUCGACAUACCAGCGCACGCGCGUCGAAUCCGUCGCAACCCGCCUCGGCCUGGCCCCCCUCGCUUAUCUCUGGCAGUACCCAGCCCUGCCGCCGCCUUUCGGCCGUGCUGACUCUCUGACGGGACUCUUGGAAGACAUGGCCGCUGCGGGCUGCGACGCGCGCAUCAUUAAGAUCGCCAGCGGCGGCAUCCCGGAGAGUCUGCUGUGGGCGGACGUGGGCGAUCCGCGCGUGCAGAAAAGGCUUGUCUCUGGGCUGGUGCCGUUCUUCGACAGGCACGAGUUCUGGCUGAGAGGCGCUGUGCUCGGCGAAGGGGGCGAGUAUGAGACCCUCGCUGUCAACGGGCCGAGGAGACUUUGGAGGAAGAGGAUUGAAGUGCCGGAUCGGCAGGUCGGUGUCGUUACCAGAGAGGGAGGCGUGCAUUAUGGAGUGGUCAGUGGUGCGAGGGCCGUAGAGCACCAUGAAGAGAUUCAUGAACCUGAGGGUGAGUCUGGUGGUGUUGUUGUCGUUGUUGCCGACGAACCUGUCCCAGUGCCGAGACCGCUGGACGGGCAAUUUCAGGCUGUGCUUUUACAAGUUCAACCAGGGGAUCAGAGACGGCCUCCUAGCGACGUGAGAUCACCACCAAGUCUUGCUGCCGCUGCCGCUCAGAUAUCUGCACGCAGAAAAAGCAGCGGCAACACCUCUCUGAAAUUGCUACAAAUCGUGCAGAUCUCCACCGCCUCAAAUCUGUUCAUAGCCAAUCUCACCGUACAGGACACAGCGGCAGCAGCCGAAGGCAGUCCACCCUACAGCGCUGCAGAGCAGAUGCAGCACAUCGUGUCGCACCUCCAACAGAUUCUCCAAUGCAAAUCACCGUCACCGUCACCCCCAUCCUCCACAUACCCACAAACAACACCAUCAAACAUCAUCUCAACAACGCUCCUCCUGCGCAGCAUGUCCGACUUCACCAGUGUGAACACGGCCUACGCUUCGCUAUUCCGGCCCGGCGAGCCCAACCCGCCAGCGCGCGUGACCUUCUCGUGCUCGCGACUGCCGCCCGGCCUCGAUGUCAGCCUGAGCGUGAUCCUCAGCCUGGCGCCACGCCACGUGCGCCGCAGCCUGCACGUCCAGAGCAGAAGCUACUGGGCGCCUGCGAAUAUCGGCCCGUACAGCCAGGCGAUCUGUGAACCGCUACUUGAUGUAGAGCUGGGACGGCAUGAUGCAGAUGCAGGGGAGAGUGUGGAUGUGGAUGUGGAUUUGAAUGUGAAUGUCCAUGAUGCGGGAUUAGUCGAGAUCGUACAUGUUGCGGGCCAGAUCCCGCUUGUGCCGCAGAGUAUGGAGAUUGAGAGGGAGAUGGGCUUUGGCGAGAGUGCCGUGCUCAGUCUUCAGCAUUUGUGGCGCGUGGGGCAGGAGAGGGGCGUGGACAUUUGGGCUUGGGGGAUUGCUUUCUUGAAAGCAGGAGAAGAAGAAGGAAAAGGGAAUGGCAGUGAUAGUGAAGGCUGUCGGAAGAGCGCUGAGUUGGCUUGCAACGUGUGGCAGCGUACUCAUUUGGUUGGGACGAAGCCGACGGGCAAUGGUAUGUCUGAUGAUGAGAACGACGAUGACGACGACGACGACGACGACGACGACGACGACAGUGAGGGUCCUGAUGCUUGGGAUCUACGCUUCAACCGGUCGAUGGCGUUUCAGUCUUCGCAGUUUCAGGUGUCUGUCGGCGCACAUCUUCAUACCUUGCCGAACUCCAAGGUCUUCUUAGAUCGGUCCGUUACUACGUAUAUACCCAGCUUCCUUUCGGCUGCAGUCGCUGCGUUACCUCGCAAUGCGCCCGUGGAGUGGUGGAGUUUGGGAAUAGCGAAUCUGGCACAAAUGUCUACGACCUCGAACCCUCGUCUGGAGGCAGUCACCAGAUUGUAUGGAUGGGGCGCCAUCUCGAUGGUCACCAUACGGCCGACGACCUCGCUGCGAGACGAACCUCCUCAGAGAACAACAGUUCUAGUCACGAGCCUUGUAACGCUGUUGGUGAGAUCGUCGAUCACUGGAGAGGACGAUACACUUGCACAUUCAGACACUGCCGAUAUCGAGAAGGAAUUGUCCAAGUUGCUCUUGGCUGGGAACAACGGAGAUGUGGAUGUGCCAUCACAGCUUCAAGCAGUCCAUGGGACAGCUUUCAUUUCAUCCGAAGGUGAGAGAUACUGGAGGCAGGUGGCAAGCGAAUCCUUGCUUGCGGCCGUCACCCUGGUACCAUGCACAGCGAUGUUCGGUAGUCCGGGAAUGACCAUCGGCAAAGAAAGCAGCGAGUUUUCCAACGCCAUGAAGAACGCCUCGCCGCCGCCGCCGCCUCCUGCCGACUGCCAGCCACUCGACUUGGCAGUGACCUUGCGCAUUGAGCGCCUAGUGGACGUUGACAGCCAAACCUAA